CGCCAUCAUGUGAUUUAUGUUUUGGAAGGGAAACAGCUUUUGCUAGUCUUCCUGUUUUAGCUAUAACACAUGGUGUUUAUUAGCAGAAUAAACUAGGACUUAGAGAAAAGAAUGUAGGUGAGGUUUCUAGUUUUUUUUGCUAUGCAAUUCUAGCAGCAGUUGUAGUCCAGUCUGUGUGUGUCUGUGCGUUUGAUCGAUCAUGUCUAGCAGAUACUCUAUGGUAGUGCAGGGCGAAGCCUCAGAAACAGACUCUGAUGAUGAAGUCUACAUCACCUCACUGUCGUCUCACCAAACAGCCACGGUCGGAGCCAAGGUUGUUGGGGAGGCCUCUGAGACAGACAGUGAGGACGACCCAGAUAAGACAGUCAGAACCUCAGCAGCGGGUCAGGACAGCACCCAGAUCCUCAGGAGAGACCUGCCACCCCUUAUUGUGGUUCGAGACCAUCCUACUGUACAAUCCAUAGUGGAAGACAGGCCCAGUCCUUCACACAAACCCCAUGGUAAAACCCUUUUGCAGCAGAAGCUGCAGGAAUCAAACAGUCGGCUGUAUUCUGAUGUAGGUCAGAUGUUACGGCAGGUGUACGGCAGCGCCAGCAGAGAGGUACACAGUGCAACGUCCCAGCUGAAUGCCUCUCAGAGCUCUAUCAUAAACGCUUCCCACAACAUCAGGUUGAUCCUGGAUGACCUGAAGGCCGUGUCCGAGAAGAUCGACAUCAUCACCAGCUGUCAGAUACUACCGGACAUUAACAUCAGUGAUCCCAGUCAUGUGACAGCUGCUGUACUUUGAAGACGUCCACCAGAGAUACUUCAACACAACUGAAACAUCAGGGUGUUUAAUAAAUCUUAAGAAGAAACAGAUUUUAAAAAUGCAUUUUCUUUCAUCUAUAACUUACACCAGUUGCCUGGAGACAACAGCGGGCCAAAUGAAGCUGCCUAAGGAGAUUUUUGUGUAACAACAUUAAUGUUUGUUUAGACUUUUUGAAUUAGCUGAAAACAACCUGUAGAUUCGAACAAAGUCUCCUCACUUAAUGUUCCAUCACCCAAAUUUAAGUCCUGACCCCAUAUUUAUUUGGAAACCAGCAGCUUGGUUCACAGAUGUUGCUGAAUAAGUAAAGAUUUGCCUCUUAAAUGUUUUUGUUUACAAAAAUAAAUGCAUUGUUCUCACAAACCAAUGUACAACACUGCAAUUUAUGAGCACAAAUAAAAUACCUACAAAUGUGUUAAAAUA